AACGCCAACAGCCAAGGUCGAAACAGCCAUGUACAAGAGUAGUCUCGGCUAGUAUGGACAUGGUGCUUGUGCUAUGUAGGAAGUGGGGAGUGUGGUGAGCGGGUCAGCAGCCGGGCGGAGGCAGCACGAGUGUACAUUCUGCUGAGCUUUCCCUUCCUGUCGAGAAUUCAGCGUUCUCGCCGUGCCUCCUAAGAAAGCCUGGUGCUCCGCGUGUAGUUUCCCUCGCCCGGCAAUGAAGGUGAUCGGCCUCACGGGCGGAAUAGCAAGCGGGAAGAGCUCCGUGUGUCAGGAGCUCAAGUCGCGGUUCGGAUUUCCCGUGAUUGACGCUGACAAGACCGCACAUGAUGUGAUGCGGAAGGGCACCCCGGCGCAUGCUCAAGUGGUGGGGGAGUUUGGGCCUUCGGUGCUGACGUCAGACGGGGAGAUCGAUCGCAACAAGCUGGGGGAGAUUGUCUUUGUUGACGCCGGCAAGAGGAAGAGGCUCAACAGCAUCAUGCACCCCCACAUUGCCUAUGCCAUCGCACGUCAGCUCUUCUCACAUUGGUUGGCCAACAACCCACUGGUCAUUCUAGAUGCUCCCCUCUUGUACGAAACCGGCCUUAAUCGUGUCACAAGAGCAGUGAUUGCUGUCUUUUGUGAGAAGGAGCAGCAGGUGGAGCGUUUGAUGAAGCGCAAUGACCUGCAGGAAGAUGACGCUCGACGGAGAGUGGCUGCUCAAAUGCCACUGGAGCUCAAAGUGAAGCGUGCCGAUUAUGUGAUAGACAAUACAGGCGAAAGGCGUGAUACGUUGGAAAAUGUUGCAAGAGUAGCGAAGUCUGUGGUGAGCAACCACAAUAGUGUGGCUGAUUGGUUGCUUGCACCUAGAAGCGUGGCCCUUGGUGUACUAGCCGUACUCACAAUUGCUGGCUGUACUUUCUUGUACUUGACAUAAUGAGUUUCUUUCUUGCGUAGUUCGCUAC